GCUGGGCUGCACCGCAGAGGGCGAGGACGCUAGGGCUGGCGGGCGGGAGGCGCGGCCAGGUUGGCCUGGAGCUGGUGGCGGCCUGCCUGGGGGCGGGAGGGACCCUACUGGAGGGCCAAGCUGAGGCCUCCCAGCGCCUCGGCCAUAUUGAAUAGCCACGGCUGAGCCGUCUUUGUCUGCGAAGUCCUUUCUCAAGUUCCAGCCGCGUCCCUGGUGCCUGAGCCAGGAAGAACCACCGGCAGCCUGUGCGCCCCAACUUGGAGCUGGGACAUCACGCUUCCAGCUUAGAAAGGGCUUUGAGCCUCGGGGCUGACCUCACAGCGACUCGCGGCUCACGGCUCACGUAAGCAUCCUGGGAAGUAAGCCCCACGAGUCGUUGAGGGAGCCGAACUUGGCCGAGAUCGGAUUUGUUGCAGGCGGAGAAGUUGGGUGGAGCUGGCUCAUACCUGGCUGGAGAGGCGAGACCCUCCGGUCAGCGGUGCUGGGACACACCCUCUCCACCUCGCAAGACUAGGGGCUACGAGUAGUUUGUUUGGGCUCAUUGCCCCUUAACCCAGAUACCACCCUGGAGAUCUUAAAGACUCUCGAGAAAAGCCAUGUGGGGGGCUGGUUCCCUUGGGGCUUCCUCCCGUCCCCCGACUGCCUGAUCCUUUGGAGCGUCCCGGAUGUCUGCAAAGAUGUGGAUCUGGACGUCCUUGUGGAAGCCUUAAAGCCCGUGGGGACCUUUAAGAAGAUUGGCAAGGUGUUCCGCAAGGAGGAAGACUCCACGGUGGGGAUGCUGCAGAUCGGGGACGAUGUAGACUAUUUGCUCAUCCCCCGCGAGGUCAGGCUGGCCGGGGGCGUCUGGAGGGUCAUCUCCAAGCCUGCCACUAAAGAAGCAGAAUUUCGGGAGCGGCUGAUCCAGUUUCUAGAAGAAGAAGGCCGAACCCUGGAGGACGUGGCCCGCAUCAUCGAGAAGAACACCCCGCACCCGCCCCAGCCCCCCAAAAAGCCCAAGGAGCCCCGCGUGAGAAGGAGAGUCCCGCAAAUGGUAACUCCUCCGCCGCGCCUGGUCGUGGGCACGUAUGACAGCAGCAAUGCUAGCGACAGCGAGUUCAGUGACUUUGAGACCUCCAGAGACAAGGGCAACAAAAACUCGAGGCGGACCAAGAAGGUGCGCAAAAUGCCUGUCAGUUACUUGGGCAGCAAAUUCCUUGGAAGUGACCUGGAGAGUGAGGAUGAUGAGGAACUGGUCGAGGCCUUCCUCCGGCGAGGGGAGAAAAAGCCCAGCGCGCCUCCCGCACGCCCCCGCCUCAAACUGCCAGUGCCGAUGUUUGAGGACAACCUGGGGCCCCAGAUGUCCAAGGCCGACAGGUGGCGAGAGUAUGUCAGCCAGGUGUCCUGGGGGAAGUUGAAGCGCAGGGUGAAGGGUUGGGCCCCAAGGUCGGGCCCCGGGAUGGGCGAGGCCCUGCAGGCCCCAACCCCAGUGGAGAGAAAUGGGGCAUCAUUGCCCAGCAGCACCAGCCGUGGGGAUAAUGUGGGAAAUGCUGCAGAUGGGGAUGUGCCUGAGACCUCCCCCCGACGAUGGAGGCCCAAGGUCAACUGGGCCUCCUUCAGGCUCCGCAGGAAGGAGGAGGCAGCAUCCAUGCAGCAAGGGGCAGAAGUACAGGCUGACCAGGGGGCAGAGGCUGCAGAUAAUCAGAGGGCUGAGGAGAUAGAUGACCAGAGGGAAGGGGCCCCAGCUGUCCAGGGGCUAGACGCUGCAGCUGAACAGGGGGAAGGGGCUGUAGCUGAUGAGCGAGCAGAGGCCCUACUUGAUCAAAGGGCAGAGUCUGCGCAUAAUCAGAGGACAGGGGCCCUGGGUACCCAGGAAGCUGAAGCUUCAGCUGCCCAGGGGCCCACAGGAGCUAGGGCACGGAAGCAGGUCAAGACAGUGAGGUUCCAGACCCCUGGACGCUUUUCAUGGUUUCGAAAGCACCGGAGAGCCUUCUGGCACACUCCUCGGUUGCCAACCCUGCCCAAGAGAGUCCCCAGGGCAGGCAAGGCCAGGAGCCUCAGGGUGCUGAGGGCUGAGGCCAGAGCAGAAGCAGAGCAGGCAGAGAUAGAAGACCAGCUGUGAGGUGAGGGCUUGGGUCUUAGAGCACCCCCUGCCCUCCUGCUUGAAAAUGGAAGUGGAGAAAGAGACAGAGAGUACCUGCCACAUUGCCACCUAAUAACUCUUUUCUUGUUAAAUUUUUAUAUCUCAUGCAUUGAUUUUUUUUAAAAUACUGACUCCUUGUAGUGACCCAAAGAAUGUAUAAAUGAAGAAAUCGAUACAAUGGGGUUGCAUCACUUAGGAUUUUUAACUUCCUCAAAUGCAACUCUAGGUGCUCAGCUUGAAAAAGGGAGAGAUUCAGGGGAGGGAGAAAUUCCUUCCUUCUCCUAUCUCCCUUAUGCCCACACACUUAAUGAGGACUCCUCCUUGAACUUAAGGAGGGCUCAAGCCAAUAAGCAAAUAAAAUGUUUACAAUAAGCAA